GAUCCCGGGGUCCCGGGUCUUAGGGCGGUGCUGGGGAGCGGGCCCGGAAGCGGACGGAGCCCCGGGUCCGCGUCUCCUGCCGGCCAUGGACGAGGCCGACCGCCAGCUCCUGCGGCGCAGCCGGUUGCGGCUGGUGAAAGAGCUGCAGGUGGCCGAGCUGUGGGACGCGCUGGUCAGCUGCGAGCUCUUCACGGCCGACAUGAUCGAGGCCAUCCAGCACGCGGGGACUCGCCGGGAUCAGGCCAGGCAGCUGGUCAUAGAUCUGGAGACCCGAGGGAGGCAGGCCCUUCCUUUGUUCAUCUCCUGCCUGGAGGACACUGGCCAGCACACACUGGCUUCUUUCCUGCGAGCCAGUAGGCAGGAACGGGACCCCGAGGCCAUCAGACCUCUGCCGCUGACACCCUUUGUGCUGGGACCAGUGGGCCUCCAACCAGAGAAGCCGACAGCGGUGACUUCGCAGGCGGCCCUGGGAAACCUCUCCCCGGUGGUGCUGGGGCCUGAGGAGCUAUGGCCAGCCAAGCUCAGGCCAGAGGUUCUCAGGCCGGUGGACUCCAGUUCUGGAGGAUUCCGUGAUGUCUGUGCUCAGGAUGGUGUGAGAGGAAACGUGGAUUUGGCGUACGUCCUGGACGCAGAGCCCUGUGGCCACUGCCUCAUCAUCAACAACGUGAACUUCAGCAGCACCUCGGGGCUCAGCGCCCGCAACGGCUCCAACAUCGACUGCGCGAAACUGCAGCACCGCUUCUGCUCGCUGCACUUCACCGUGGAGGUGAAGCCUGACCUGACCGCCAAGGAAAUGCUCCUGGCCUUGGCGGAGCUGGCACAGCGGGACCACAGCGCCCUGGACUGCUGCGUGGUUGUCAUCCUGUCUCACGGCUGCCAGGCCAGCCACCUCCAGUUCCCUGGGGCCGUCUAUGGCACGGACGGAUACCCCGUGCCCGUUGAGAGAGUCGUGAACAUCUUCAACGGGACCAGCUGCCCCAGCCUGGGUGGGAAGCCCAAGCUCUUCUUCAUCCAGGCCUGCGGAGGGGAGCAGAAGGACCACGGGUUUGAGGUGGCCUCCGCUUGUCCCGAAGACAGGACCUCUGGGCACAACCUGGAGCCGGAUGCCACCCCAUUCCAGGGAGGCCCGAGGACCUCCGAUGACCAGGUGGAUGCUGUGUCUAGCUUGCCCACGCCCAGUGACAUCCUCGUGUCCUACUCCACCUUCCCAGGUUUCGUCUCCUGGAGGGAUCCCAAGAGCGGCUCGUGGUACGUGGAGACCCUGGACCACAUCCUGGGGCGGUGGGCUCCCACCGAAGACCUACAGUCCCUGCUGCUCCGGGUCGCGAAUGCUGUUUCCGAGCGAGGGAUUUACAAACAGAUCCCUGGCUGUUUUAAUUUCCUCCGGAAAAAGCUUUUCUUUAAAACUUAGCGGGGCCAGGGCCCCUCACCCUGCCUUGUGUUUUACCCCAAAACCUUCCUGCGCCGGGCCUGGACCUCCCUGCAGCACGAGGCUUAGGGGCCUGCAGCGGACAGCCUUGUAGCAGCUCCCGGGUUGGAGACAGGUGCCAGGUGGUGGAGGACGAGCCCGGAGGAACGCUGCGGACACCACCGGCUCCUCCCCCGCGCUGGUCCUGGGCUGGUGAACGUGACUCUGACCUCCAGGUUCUCUCCGAGCGGGGUUUCCGGACCUUCAGGCUACUGACGUCUGGGGCGGGACGAUCCUUCAUGCUGGGGGUUUGUGCACCGUACGCUGCUCGGGGCCACCCCUGGCCUCUGCCCGCUGGGUGCAGGAGCUCCUGUCCCUGAGUCAUGCCGACAGACAUCUGCAGACCCUGCCACACGUGCCUGGCGGACAAAACCGCCCCCAUGUGGAAACCACUGACCAGGAGGGAUUUUUGCUACAAAUGAGCCAGCGUCUCUCCUAGGGCAACAGAGCCCGAAGAGCUGGCAUCUGUGAAUUCUAAGUGACGUUUUGAAAAUAGCUCACGUCCCCUGUAUUGUGUGAUUCAUUCCUAAAAACGUGAAUGAGAGGGGAGUGUGGACUCUUUUUGCCCAUUUCCCGCCUCGCUUUGCUCUCUUGGUUCUUCCUCAUACAGCAGACUUGCAGUUUUCCAACUUU